UCGUAUAAUAUAAAAAACAAUUUAGAAUAUUGUCAUAUUGAAGAAAAAUAGAAUUUGCAGCAAAUGUGAAGUAUUUAUAUAUUUGUUUUUAGUGAAGCACUAUUUGUUUGAUAAAUAUAGUUUAUCUUGUUUUAAAACGAAUUAUUGAUUAAAUAUAUCUAUUUUAAUUAAUAUUUCAACGUUACGUCUUGAACUUGAAAUAAAAGCAGUUUUAUAAGAAGAAAACAUGUUUCCGGCUUAUUCAUAUUUAUCAGCUUAUGAUAGACAUAAAAAACUUAUUAAUGAUUAUUUUACAUUAUAUGGAGGUUCGGUAUCAUCUUUAGAACGAGACACGUCCCGAGACAAGACAGACUAUGAUGUCAUUAAAGAAAACCAUAGAUUUUUAUGGGAUCAAGAUAAAGAUGAACCAAAUACAUGGGGUGCUCGUUUGGCAAAGAAAUAUUACGAUAAAUUGUUUAAAGAAUAUUGUAUAGCAGAUUUAACAUAUUAUAAGCAAAACAAGGUUGCCUUAAGAUGGAGAACAGAAAAAGAAGUUAUCAUUGGUAAAGGACAAUUUGAAUGUGGAAAUAAAAAAUGUAAAAAUAAGGAACAACUUAAAUCUUGGGAAGUAAAUUUUGGUUAUAUAGAGCAUGGUCAAAAAAAGAACGCUCUUGUCAAAUUAAGAUUGUGUCCUGAAUGCUCCAUGAAAUUAAAUUAUAGAUCCCAAAAAAGAGAAGCAAAAAAACAUAAAAUAUUAAAAAGAUUAGGAACAAAUAUAGGAACAUCUAAUAAUACACCUAGUACUUCUACAGUUCAAAUUAAAAUUGAAGAGAAUGAAGCUAUAAAUAACAUUGAAAAAUCAAUUGAAGAAAAGGAUGAAUCUAAAAUUUGGAAAGAAAAACCAAUUGAAGAUUUGGAAAAAACAAGAGAGGAAGAAUUUGAAGAAUAUUUAGCAGAUCUACUAAUCUAAAAUACAAUUUAUUUUAAUAAUUAAAAUAAUAUUAGCAAUAUCUAUAAAAUCAUUAAUUUUUGUUAUAUUGUUUAAAAAAUAUAAGAAUUUCUAUAUAUUAAAAAAAAGUUAAAUUCAUUUUCAAAUAAAUAUAACAA